GGCGCGACUUCCGGAAUCCCAUCUGGACCAACACCCAGAGCAACUCCGUCUGUUUCCUCAGGCUCCAACAUGUUGCGCGUAGCAAGCCUCAACUUUCGGACAAGCCUGCUUCGUACCUAUGCCACCGCCGCCUCUCCUCAUGCGCUGGUUUUCCUUGAACACCGUGGAGGCAGUCUCGAUUCCGGGUCACUUUCGGCCGUAACAGCUGCCUCUCAGUUAGGUGGUCAGGUCACAGGACUCAUUGUGGGCAAUGAGAGUGAAGUUCCAGCAGCAAUUGAGGCUGCUAAGAAAGUGAAAGGUCUGAAUGCCAUUGUUCACUGCACGUCACCCCAAUACACGGCCAGUUUGCCGGAAACUGUCUCUCCUCUUUUUGAGAAGAUCCUCUCAGGAAGCACGCAGUACUCCCAUGUUGUAUCAGCACACUCGUCUUCCGCUAGAUCUAUCCUCCCCCGCGUCGCUGCUAGACUUGAUGUUCCGGCCGUCUCUGACAUCACGUCUCUUGAGCAUGAUGCCUCCGCGAGCACUACGACUUUUACCCGUCCCAUCUACGCCGGCAACGCUAUCGCGACAGUUCGCUCCCCCUCAUCCGUUCCCAUCAAGUUCUUUACGAUCCGCUCAACCGCGUUCUCGGCCGCGCUGUGCGAGGAGGGAACCAGCGUCGAAGCCACGAGCAUUGACCCCACUGAAGUUGCAGAUCCUCCUUCAGAGCAUGUCAAGACCUCGCUGACCAAGUCAGACCGCCCCGAGCUUGGAGUUGCUACCCGGGUUGUGUCUGGAGGACGGGCGUUGAAGAAUGCUGAGACGUUCGAAUCCACCCUCUACCCCUUAGCAGAUCUCCUUGGUGCAGCGGUUGGUGCCUCAAGGGCUGCCGUCGAUGCUGGGUAUGCGGACAACUCGCUGCAAGUUGGUCAGACUGGCAAGAUAGUCGCUCCUGAGCUGUAUAUGGCGCUUGGCAUCUCUGGGGCUAUCCAGCAUUUGGCUGGCAUGAAGGAUUCCAAAUUGAUCGUUGCUGUGAACAAGGACCCCGACGCUCCCAUUUUUCAGGUUGCAGAUGUUGGGUUGGUAGGAGACUUGUACCAAGUUGUGCCGGAGAUGAUCGAAAAACUUAAACAAUAGAACGGAUCCAUGUAUCAACCCGCCAAUAGGUCUAACAUGUUACACAGACAUGGAAGUGAUGUGCUAAUAUCCG